AUGAUGCUCAAGACAUGGAAAAUACCGCAAUAUUCAUACAUUUCCAAUGGUAUAAGAAUGACGCAUAUAGGACAAUUGAGGUUUACGAGAAAUAUUUCGUCGAGUUUAAUGAGAAAAAGUGACAUACUAAUGAGUAAUGACCUUUUAACAAUUAAAUCAUGCAAACAUUUACGGAAUAGCACAUUUCCAGAAUUUGUUCGAUCUCCAAACUCGCAACUAAGUAAUAUCAUCUGGAAUUCGCCGUUGGAAAAUAUUUAUGUCGUUAAAAAGCCAUGGGAUCAAGAUGUCCGAGAUGCUACCGUGAGAUUCAUAACUCACAUUCACGAUAAUUAUCCCUCCGUUAACGUUGUUGUGAGCGAAGAUGUUGCGGAUGAAAUAAUUCACGAGACCAAUACUGGAGGUUCCGUCACCAGUAUAUUGAAAAAGCAAAGCCCCAAGUUUUCUCUGAAUUCCAAGUAUGUUAUCUACACCGGCGAAUUAUCUCAAAUUGUCAAUAAGACUGAUUUAAUAGUAACACUAGGAGGAGAUGGAACUAUUUUACGAGCAGUCAGCACAUUUCUGAAUGCAAAUGUUCCUCCUGUGUUAAGCUUCGCAUUGGGCACGUUAGGAUUUUUGUUACCGUUUGAUUUCAGUACAUUUAGCGAAUCGUUUCGCAUGGUGUACGAAUCGAGAGGUAAAGCAUUGCAUAGACACAGAUUGGAGUGUCACGUUGUUCGUAAGUCGCUAAAUGAAUCCACUCAGACCCCGAUAACCGAUGCUACACCUAUCAAGAAUAUCAGACAGUCUGAAUCGGGUAUUUCACCGCAGGAAAAUGUCACUACAAUGUUGCAUGCCAUGAAUGAUAUCUCGUUACACAGAGGAAGCCAGCCUAAUCUCAUCUCAUUGGAUAUCUACAUAGAUAACGAGUUUUUGACUACCACUACCGGUGAUGGACUCGUAUUUUCCACGCCAACAGGCUCUACUGCGUACUCACUCUCAGCCGGAGGGUCGAUCACUCACCCGUUGGUUCCUUGCAUAAUCCUCACACCAAUUUGCCCCAGAUCAUUGUCCUUCAGGCCAUUGAUUCUUCCUGCAUCAUCCCACAUAGUGAUCAAGUUGUCCGACAAGAAUCGAAAUGCAUCGAUAAAAUUGAACAUAGAUGGGAUACUGCAGCAGGAUUUGCAGCCAGGAGACCAAAUUCAUGUGGCCGGAGAGAACGAUUCUGCGUUAGCAACCAGCUCACGUUCGGAAAAGGUUUCUGGUUCCACCUCCGAAAAUGAACAAACCGAUUCUACUGACUCUACGCCUUCCAGUAAGCAAGAUCUUUGCCAAAAGGGUAUCUGGUGCGUGGCCCGGAGCGAGAAUGAUUGGACGAAGGACAUCAACGAGUUGUUAGGCUUCAAUUCUUCAUUCAAGGCGCUGAAACUGAAGCUAUAG